AAUAAACGUAAUCUAAAUUUUACAUAGGGUUGUAUUUUUUUUUUAAUGAAGUAUUUUUGAUGCGGCAACUGCAAAAACUCGAAAAUUGCAAAGGGUUAUGUUUAGGAAGUUUACGUCUAUUUAUGCAAGUUAGUGCUACUUUGUCGGCGAUUUAUAGGCAAAAUAUCAAUACUUUUACUGUGAAGGAAGGAACAAGAGAUUAAAUAUGAUGCAUUUUAUUACAAAUAUUGAUACCAGGUGUUAGAGUAUUACUGGAAGCUAAUAAUCACGAUUGAGAAAAAGUAAGGUUAUUUUGAUAUUACUUUACUAAAUGCAUAUAUUUGGUGGAAAAACACGACCUGCAUGCCAUGGAAACUGAUGAAGAUGAAAGAGAGCCAACUGUCGGUACUGCACAAAUUCGCAACUUGGUCGAAUUUAAAAGAUAUGAAGCAAGACUUCAAGGGGCAUGUCAGUACGACUUUGAAAAAGUAUUACUUCAAUAUGCCAGUAAAAAUGUAUUUUCCUAUCCUGCGUUUAGUAAAAUUUGGAAAGAAUCAAAUCUUAACUUACUUUUCGCAGGACAACAAUAUGGUGAUGAUAUAGGAAGAUUCACAGAGAUUUGUAUGUAUACGGCACUUAAAUUAUUUAUAUUUCCUAAAGAUAUAUACACUGAAGUUGGUGCUUUCUACCUACUCUAUGCACUCUAUUACCGACAACCCGUUAAAGACUUCAUUAAGAUAAGGUUUACACAUAGGGCUUACAAGAAUCUCAUGAAGUUGGUGAACAAAAUGAGAACCAAAAAGCAAUAUGACUUUCUUUACAUUUAUGGAAGAUUACGUUUGGUAAAAGCUUUUUAUUAUGUGGCCACAGUGACACCACUAGGGAUUAGUUCAAAUGAAAUGAAUCUUCAGGAAAUUACACCAGAUACCUUUAUAAAUAGAAAAAUUGAUUUAACUGAAAGAAUCACAAAUUUAUUAGCAGAAAACUUGGAUGACAUCAGGCAGAUACAAAGUGAAUAUGUAACAGCUGUAAGACAGUGUUCAUUGCAAUACCCUGAUCUAGAAAUUAGUUCUGACUUGAGCUUUAUGCAAGAAACUGAGCAACUUGAGAACUGUGUGAAAACAGGAGGAAUUAUACACUUUGUACAUUCUAGUGAUACAAACACACAGUCGGUUGACAAAAGAAAAUCGGAAUUAAAGAAAAGGGCUUACCAACAAACCAAUAAAACGUACAGGGAAAAACUUAGUGAUAAAUCUGCAAAUUAUUUACGUUUACUGAAGAGUGAACCUUUAAAAGAUGAUCCUGAUAAUUAAACAAUAAAUUAUUGUAUAACAAUGUUUUACUAAUUUUAUGUUUUAAUGGAUACUAUGAUGCGAUAAGAAGUACCAAUUACUGACUCUUUACUAAAAUAAAAUAAAGGAGAAAAAAAUUUGAA